AUGUUUGAAUAUGUGAGAGCAAUGAAUCAACAAUUAGAAGUAUUAUUGAAGCAUCAGUUGAGAGAAUGGGAAUUACUUAGAGGUAUAUAUAAUAAUGCUUUCAAUAAUAUCUCAAGAAAAAAGGUGAUUGAAGAUUUUUGUUACGAAAAUUUACGCAAGGAAAUUUGGUUGAAGAGAUGCGAGGGAGGCAAUGAAAUAGAAAAGGAAAUAGGGUUUGAGAAGAAAGACAAGAGAAAAUGUAAAGAAAGAUCAGCAGAUUUUGUAUUAAUAUAUAGAGAAUAA